CAACUAGACCGAACGACAAAUUGGUUUUAGUUCAAUCGAAACUCUUCUAAAAAUUUCUCUUUGGAUUUACGGAAUUGGAUAUUCUACAAUGGCAGAUCAACUAAUGCCAAUAAAUGAAACUAAGAAUAUCUUAUAUUUCGAUAACCCAAUGGAGAGCGUUGAACUGGAGCAAAAUCAAAAUGAUGACGAGAUGCUGAAGGUGGAAACAAAUGAGAAGGAGGAACAGAAUUUCGAUGAAGAUCAAGUGCGUUUUGUGGCCGAUGCUUUUAGUGACGUUAAACUAUAUCUACAAACUGGACGCGAUGAGUCCGCCUUUGUGGAAUUGGGUCCAACUAAUAUACACAAAUUCCAAUUACCACCGAGUGGUUGCAAAGAGGUGGAAACCGGAUUUAAUCCACAGGAAAAAACAGCUGUGGAUGAAUGGCAGACAGAUGCCGUCAAUAUGGGCGAAAUGGUUGAGAUUGAUUUGAUACAAGGGCAAGAGGAGCAGAGUUUGGGGCAUAUACAGAGGGAUGAGAACACUGGUGAGAUGUAUAUGCUUGUUCCCGUUGAGAUUGAUAUGCUGGUCAAUCAUUUGGCGCAUCCUAUUGACAUUGAAGCGGCUUCCUAUGAAGUUCAUGAGAUUACAGUACCCCAAUUGACAUUGCCACUGACAUUGGACUUUACACCCGAUGAUUUCUAUACCCAUAAUGAGGAAGGUGAGGACGAUGAUGGUGCAGAUGAGGACCAUUGCGUAGAGAUGGAAUCUAAUGAAGAUUAGGCCAAAUAGCAGCAUACAAAUAAAAACGAAAACAAUAACAAAAACACAAACACAAAACUCAAAACAUGAAAUUCAAAAUUGUUUCUCUUUCUUGUUUAUGGUUAAUCAAAUAAACAAACACCAGAGACCAGAGAGCCCCCACACCCA